AUGUUGAUGAUCGUGCUGCCGCGGGCUGUUCUGGUCUCAAGAAAAUACUUCGAGCUAGCCAAACCUGCGGCACUGCGAGAAUCGAUGAUUGUCCUAGAUGAGUCCGAUGAUAGUCUCGAAAUGGAUAUUGCGAUUGCCGACAUCACAGUCUCAAAGGAUUUUCAGGUUGUGCAACAUCUCAGCAUGUACCGAGGCGUGACUCGGCCAUAUUUCGCUUCCUUAGAAGCUGCUCUUGCGGCUGUAACAAGCCUGCAGAAGCUAGUCCUUGGCGCACCCGACUCGACAUGCUUGCCCGGUUACAUUGGGCCCAAGUGGUUUGUUCAGAUCGAGGAGUCCGGCACGGAGAUUGACAAGCGGUUCGAUGUCGGGCUUGGUUCGAGUGGCGCUAGGGCCAUCAAGAUCAACUUUGAGGAUGACUUCGCUCUUCGUGGUGAUCGCUCUCGCGAAUAUUGUUGCUUCCUUGUAGGCGCUCUGGAAACCUGGUUGGCACGCGAGGAGGGCUUCGAAAUCUGCAUGGAGGAGGAGGUUUGCGGCGACAUGGCGCAGCCCUCCAUGGCGGGCUGGUGUUCGUAUCCGCACUUGUGGACCGCAGCUUUCAGCACUCGUAGGCAAGGUCUGGCCAUCAUACCAGGGAAAGACAACUCCAAUUACUCCGAGAACGGUACCCCGGAGAGCGUUAUUCCAAUCGAUCCCUCCUUCUUCAGAGAGGCACACAGACAUACUGCUCUUCAGAUGAGGCUACGAGAGUACAGAAAGACCUUCGCAAAAUGGUACACCGGCACGCACCGCGACUGA